UUGGUGACUUGUGUUCUUUGGAUUGGAACCGUACUUGGGCAAUAAAAGAUGACGUCAAACGAGUUCGCAAGAACACAAGAACGGAAAAAACGUGGAUUGAUAAAGAGCCAUUGUCUCAAAUGUGGGUCAACUCGUUUCGGUUUACUAUGUGACACCUCGUCACAUGUUCCUACUUGACCCAUGUGCCCACAGAAACGAAGGGAUGUCAACUCUGAGCCAUAGCGCUGUCUAUUGUAGUUUCCUUGGUGAUUUGUUUCCACCCGUAUGGCAAUUUAAAAAUGUUCUACAAUUACCGUGGCAGAUGAUAAAAGGAGCGCUGAUGCUGCGCACUGAUAAAAACAGCGGAACGCAUACUCUGUCGCGAGAUAAAGGUGUAUAAAUUAAUGUUAUUUUUGUAAGCUCGACGUGAGCGACACCGUCCACGCUGCUGACUUUAAACAUUUGCUAAAGCAAUAAUACACAGUCGUUAUCAGCAUAUCUAAUCACGCAAUUUAAACGUUAUAAGAAUAAGAAAAGCAUGCCGAAAUCUGCAAAAAAAUCUAGCAAUGGACAGACCUCCACAAGCCGGUACUUUGGUGGAGCUAGCAGCAAGAGUCUCCCGGACAUAAGCACAAAACCUGGUAUGUGCUCUGUAAUGGUGCCUACUGGGCUGAAGAUAGGAGCCAGCAGAGGCAAGCAUAAGCAUUCCACUGAUGAUGAUGACUCAAGAUCGAUCAGGAAACGUCCCAAGCUUUACCAUCUUGGGCAGAAAGAAGACAUUUCCCGUCCGAGUGUCAGAGAAACCAAUGUGUCUCUAGGGUCAGGCAGCCUCUCCUCCUCCACCCUGGAGCGCUUGAAGGGCUUUAGCCGCAUGGCUGAGCCCCACAGUAGAACUGAUCGUGGGCCUGAUGGUGCAGAAAGAGCGCCUGAGGAUUCUGGUUGUGUGCCUGGGGGAGUUGUCCAGGACAAUACUAAAGGGAAAAUGAUAAAUGAGGAGGGAGACGAGGAAGAGCAUAUAAUCAAGGAGGAAGAGGAGGAGGAAGACGAGAGCAAGACAGAUCCAUCCACUGAUAAUAAGUUUGCACCACCAGUAGGAGGAAGACGAGACGCAGACAUCAAAAGUGAUGGAGGAUUCAGAGGAGGUGUGGGGGGUGGGGCUAAACAGAGAUACACGCCUCUGGAGCAGCAGUUUGUCCAUAUCAAGCAGCAGCAUAAAGACUCCCUGCUGGCUGUGGAGUGUGGAUACAAGUACAGAUUCUUUGGAGAAGACGCAGAGAUAGCAGCGAAGGAGCUGAACGUCUUUUGCCACCUGGACCAUAACUUUAUGACCUGCAGCAUCCCUGCUCAUCGACUCGCUAUUCACGUCCGCCGCUUAGUCUCUCAGGGACACAAGGUGGGUGUGGUGAAGCAGACAGAGACAUCAGCAAUCAAGUCUUCAGGAGUCAAUAAGAAUGCUCUGUUUGAUCGCCGGCUCAGUGGCCUGUACACCAGGUCCACUCUGGUGGGAGAAGAUGUGAACCCAGCAUGUUGUCCGGGGGACGAGGAGCUGGGGCAAGAAGUGAUGUCAGACCCCACAGAAGGUUUCUUGUUGUGUUUGACCGAGAACUGGGACAAACUGAAGAAACAGCUCACCAUAGGCCUGGUGGCAGUGCAGCCGAGUACUGGAGAUGUGGUGCUGGACUGCUUCAGUGAUGGUACGGCUCGCUCCGAGCUGGAGGUGCGUGUCCUAAAGGUCGACCCAGUGGAGAUCCUGGUGCCCAUUGGCCUUUCAGAUGACACCCACAGACUGCUACAGACCAUUGCUAAGGCCAGUGUCCUGAAAGAUGAUCGUGUUCGUGUGGAGAAGAGGGACAGCUCUCAGUUUGAGUUUUCUUCAGCAAUGAACACAAUCACAGAGUUCUAUUGUUACAAAGACAACAAAGGCUCCCAAUCUCUCUCCAGUGUUGCAGCGUUGGAGGCUCCUGUAAUCUGCUGUCUGGGACCUCUCAUCCAUUACCUCAGAGAAUUCAACCUGGAAAAGGUUCUCCUCAGUGAUAGCUCUUUCAGACAUCUGUCAUGCAAAGCUGAUGGGAUGAUGCUUAGUGCCUCCACUCUGAGAAACUUGGAAGUACUUUGUAACCAGACAGACGGAGGUGUGAAGGGUAGUCUGCUUUGGGUGUUAGAUCACACCCACACACCCUUUGGGAAAAGACUGAUGAGGAAGUGGGUGAGCCAACCUCUCACACAAACAAAGUCUAUCUCAGAGCGCCUAGAUGCAGUGAGUGAGAUAUUGCAGUCUGACUGUGCCAGUCUGGCCUCCAUCAGGGCUCUGCUCACCUGCCUGCCAGACCUUGAGAGAGGAGUCUGUAGCAUAUACCACAAGAAGUGUUCUACUCAGGAGUUCUACCUCAUCUGCAGCUCGCUCUCACGUGUGGGGACGGAGCUACAGGCUGUCCUCCCUGCUAUCCAAUCACAACUGACCUCCUCUUUAUUACAAACGCUAUUAAUGGAUACCCCAGACAUGUUGGCUCCCGCCCACAACUUCCUCAAAGUGCUCAACGAGAAGGCAGCCAGGGCAGGGGAUAAAAAGGAGCUUUUUUCAGAUCUGACUGGGUUCCCAGUGCUGCAAGAGCAUCAUCAGCAGAUCCAGGAGGUUCUGACAGACAUACUGGACCACCUUAGGGAGGUCCGCCUGACACUCAAAACCCCCUCACUGGACUACACCUCGGUCUCUGGACAUGAGUUCUUGAUUGAGUUGAAGAACUCCAUGUCAUCUGUAGUACCAUCUGACUGGAUCAAAAUCAACAGUACCAAAGCUGUGAGCAGGUACCAAUCCCCCUUCUUAGUGAAACGCUACCGUACUUUGUUGCAGCUCAGAGAACUGCUACUGCUUGACUGCCAGACAGAGUGGACCAACUUUCUGCAUCAGUUUGGGGAGUAUUAUCACACAAUGAAAAAAGCUAUUAGUCACCUAGCAACCGUGGACUGUCUCUUCUCAUUGGCUGAGGUGGCAAAGCAAGGGAACUACUGCAGGCCCAGGCUGAGUGAGCAGCAGCAGAUAGUGGUGAGGGAGGGCAGGCACCCCUCCAUAGACCUGCUGCUCGGAGAACUACACCAAUACGUACCCAACCACACACAGUUGCAGGGGGAGGGCCAGAGGACCAUGAUAGUAACAGGUCCUAACAUGGGGGGUAAAAGCUCAUACAUCCGCCAGGUGGCUCUGCUCAGCAUCAUGUUCCAGCUGGGUUCCUAUGUCCCUGCGGCACAAGCUCAGCUCUGCAUCCUGGAUGGAAUAUACACCAGUCUUUCAGAACUCCGAGCUCUCAUCACCACGCACUCAACGUCAAUUAGAGAGCACAGCGAAGACGCCUUCUCAGACCCUCAUAUGCCAUCAGGUACAUGGAUGACCUCCGCGAAGCAGGACAACUGACAUUAUCCACCUCUGCUGCUCAACAGGCUGUGUGCUGCUAUUUGAAAAUGGCGUGGGCACAGAUUUGGACAUAGAAGCUGGGCAGUGCUCUGUGCCUUCACAGUCAACCAACACAGCGUACAAAGUACACUUAAAAAAGGAGUGAAGUGUGGAGAGGGUGGCGGGACUUCCGCUUCCUGGGGGUCCACAUACAACAGCCCAUCCCGGAGUGUGAACACCUCUGAGCUGCUGAAAAAGGCCCAACAGAGACUUUACUACCUGAGAACACUCAGGAGGAAUAACAUCACACAAAGACUGCUGGUGUCCUUCUACCGAGCCUCCAUUGAAAGCAUCUUCACAUACUGCAUAUGCAUUUGGUAUACCAGCUGUACAGUGGCUCAGAGGAAAACGCUCCAGAGGGUCAUCAACAGCAUUGUUGGCUGGCCUCUCCCCGCACUGGAAGACCUACACAGAUCCCGGUGCCUCAAAAAAGCCCAGAACAUCAUAAAAGACACUUCACACUCCUGGGCACUCCCUGUUUGAAAUGUUGCCUUCAGGCAGACGGUACAGAUCAAUCAAGGCAAGGACCAACAGACUAAAACACAGUUUCUAUCCAACUGCAAUAACCACUGUUAAAGCUGGCAAAACAUAAUGUGCACAAUGUGAUGUUAUGUAUUAUGUAAUGACUGUUUGUGGUUGUUUACGGUACAGUCUUAGGUAUAUUUAUUCUUAUUUGAGUAAUUUUAGCACUUCAGUAAUUUUAUCCUUUUUACAGAUUUUUAAGUCAAUGAAUGAUGCACUGACUGGAAGCACUUUAAUUUUGUUGUACCUAGGGGUGCACCGAUCCGAUACUAAGAUUGGAUAUCGGCCCCGAUAUUGACAAAAUAGCUGGAUCGGUGAUCGGAAAAUGUAGCCGAUCCACUGGCCGAUCCAUGCAACCUUUAGAUGCGUGAGUUCUAAAUAUUUCCGACGGUGCCCACAGCAAGCAUAAUACUCGAAGCAAUGCUACUAGCAUGCUAGUGUUACCUGUUAGCCUUCUCAUUAGUACAUGUUGAAGCCAUACAGCGUGUGUCGCAUAGUUUUUGUCUAUCGGAAAAUAUUCUGUUGGAAUUUUCGAAAUCGCAUAUGCAACGUUACACUGUGAGACCCGCAUUCGAACGAUCACAUAUGUGCAACGCUACUCGUUCUACACUGUAGAUUCUACAGUAUAGUAGAGUCGAUGAGCUGUAGGAAAUUGGCUUGCUCCUAGCAUUGUGCUUUUGGAUGUGCUUGAUUAAAUUGGUAUUAUUGUACUUUGCAGUACUACCAC